GUUGAGCGACACAGCAGACCAGUGUGCAGAUCCCGCAGGUCAGGCCAGGCCGCUCUCGCAAUGAAGUUUGACGACAUUUUGAUACAUAUUGGGGAGUUUGGUUUCUACCAAAAACGGCUGUACCUGCUACUAUGCAUGCCUGCAAUCAGUGUAGGGUGUUACAUGAUGAUGUUAGUCAUAAUUAUGGCUACACCUGAACACAGAUGCCAGAUCCCAGGAUAUGAAAAUGAUACGUUUACUUUACAAAACGACAUCCACAGAAAUUUAGUAAAUGCCAGCAUUCCUUUGGCAUCGCCGGACGACGAUUUUCUAUACGACAAAUGUCACAUGUACACAUGCAAUGAUGGCCAAUCUGCAGCUAACUGUGCGAUUCAGAAUCGAACUCGGAUCAAGUGCUCAAGUUGGGUAUACGAUAGGGAAACAUUCCAUGAAACAUUCACCUCUAAGACGAACCUUGUAUGUGAUGAUGCCCUGAAGACGUCUCAUGCUCAGAUGCUCUUCUACUUCGGCGUCCUGGUGGGGGAUCUCGGAUUUGGAAUGAUUGCGGACAUUAUUGGCCGUAAGAAAACUUUGUACGUCACCGUCGUCAUUCUUCUGGGGUCGGCGUUCGGAGUGGCAUGGGCGGAGACCUGGGUCAGUUUCGUCGUCCUGGAGUUUGUUAUAGGGGCAGCCAAUCAUGGAGCAUUCAUCAUUUGCUGUGUUUUAGGUCUAGAAAUGGUCGGUCCUUCCAAGCGUGUGUGGGCAGGAAUUCUCGUACAUGCGUUCUUCGCCCUUGGUCUGGUAUACCUUGUGGGGAUGGGUUACUUCCUGAGGGACUGGUUCUGGGUACAGAUAGCUGUGGCAGCUCCGUGUGCAUUCUUUCUCUCCUACUGGUUCGUCAUCCCCGAGUCUCCGCGAUGGCUGAUUAGUCAGAAACGGUACAGCGAGGCAGACAAAAUAAUUGAGAGAGCUGCUAGGGUCAACAAGAAACCACUACCGCCAUCCCUGAUGAAGGUGAACCAGGAGAAGGACGAGAAAGAGGCAGACGGACGGAUCUGGCACCUCUUCUCAAACAAAGUGCUCUUAUCGAGGACACUUAUAGUAUAUUUCAACUGGGCUGUUGUCAGUAUGAUAUACUACGGCGUCACCAUGCAUACUGGAAAUAUGAAUGGGGAUUUUUAUCUCAACUUCUUUUUGUUAGCUGUAGUUGAAUUCCCUGCCUAUUUUAUGUCGAUUGCACUCCUCGAUCGGUGGGGCCGGAAGAGGACCCACUGCGCAUGUAUGCUGCUUGGCGGUAUAGCGUGCAUCUCUACAAUAUUUCCUGUGAUUUUUGGUGGUCCAGAUUUACAACCCCUCACACUGGCCCUUGCCAUUGUUGGUAAGAUUGGUGCGGCUGGUGCAUUUGGUGUAAUAUACGUGUUUUCCGCCGAACUGUUCCCAACAGUUGUCAGGAACGCCGGUAUGGGAUCCAGUUCUUGUGUGGCACGUGUCGGGGGCAUGCUUGCGCCAUACGUCGCUUCAUCCGGGGAUCUGGUGGGCGGGAAGUUCGGGAAGGCACUACCACUGGUGAUAUUUGGCGCCUUCUCCGUCAGUGCUGGGCUGUUGUGUUUACUCCUACCAGAAACAUUACAUAAAAAACUUCCGGAGACAAUAGAGGAUGGCAUCAACUUCAACAAAGGGAGCAAGAAAGAGUUAUACGAAAAAUCAUAAACAUUUCUUCAUCAUGUACAGCAUUGGUUUUAGUCAUAUUGUAUUCGUUUUUUUGUAGAUAUUUGUAAUAUGAAACAUUUUAUAUCAACAAA